AUGGAGUUCGACCAUGUGCAGCACACCCUUGUAUAUUUCUCCGAGAGCGAAGAGGCGGCUCGCUUGGUAAAAGAUCUCGACAGCUACUGUCGUUUUCUGCUGCUAGGCGGCAGCGCUCCGUCGUCGCUAGGCAAGGGCACCGCCGCUGGAGGUGCCACGGCCGCCGAGGCCUAUGGGAGACGAGCUGAUUCCAUCGAGUCCGACGCCGGGGCCAAUACCGGCACGUUGUCUGCAUAUACACCGAAUGCGUUACAAUGUGUCGUCAAGUCGAGGUCCCUGUCGAUUUCGUCCGCCGAGCCGGAAUGCCAGCGCGGCACCGCGUUGUCAUCUCUGGUGACCGUAACGUCGGAUUUGGAGGAGCUCGUGGGCCGAUAUAUGCACUCUCCGACUCUGCUCUAUCCUCAUAUAGAGGCUCUGGUGAGUACCGCGUUUGACUUGUUGCGUGGUUUCGUGGAGCUCCCUUUCGAAGUUUGCGCCGAAGUUCUCAGCUGCGGGCCGUCGGACGAAAAACGCGACUCCCUGAUUUCCCUGGAGUUCGUGUGCUACCACAUUUACAACGUGGCCAAGGUGGUCGGCUUGCGGCGUGUUGUGGGUUGCGCACCCAACGAGGUGCGGUUCUUGGUUCCGCUGGUUGUGCUGAUCGAAUACCUGCAAUCCCACGGCCGCAUCGGAGGCGAUAUGAAGUACGAUAACAAGCGGUGGUGCAUGGAGUACGUGUGCCUGGCUUGGCUGUCUCUUCUGGUGUACACCCCGUUCGAUCUGGGCACCAUAUGGCAUGCGGGAGACGGGAGUGGGAUCACGUUGCAGGGUCGCAUUUUGGGCGUAUCAAUGCACUACUUGGUGCUGUCUACGAAGGCACGUGACGCCGCGGCUAUUGUGCUGUCCACGUUGUUUGCCCGCCCCGAUGUGAGCGACGUGGAGGUUGACCGUUUCAUGUCCCACUGCACCUACGUGCUCACGUCAGGUUCUUCCGCCAAUCUUCCGGGAUCACAAUCAACGUCUGGUGCUAAAAAACCAUCUGGAGCAGCUGCAGCGGAUGCCAACGGUAACAUUGUACCUUCACCAGGUCGUGGUGGUGCUCAGGCCACGCCGGCCGCCAGUCCGGACUCUGGAGAUGACCUCUUUGCGAGCCCCACACUGCCGUCAACUCGCAUAGAUGCCGCCGUUAAUAUGGGCGAUUCCGCGGUGCAAGAUGCAAGCACCGCCCCGUCCUCUCCGGAUAGGCCCGUGGCACAUUUGGGAAGCAACGACCACGGCCAAAUCGGCGUGAUGACGGUUUUGAAGCAGAUGUUGAAGCGCAUGUCUCGUGACGAUCUGCGUCUUCACCUUCCUAGGUUUACAGCGUGUUUGUUGGACCAAUCGUGGUCGCCGUCGUCAUCAGCGUGCCGUAAGCUAAAGGCGGCGUGCCUGGGCCGUUUGGCCGUGCACCUUCUUCCUCCGCACUCGUCAUCGCAGCGGUACCGUCGCCUGUGUCGGAAGUUCAUGGAGUCAGAUAGCGUGCCGGAGGAGCCCGAGUCGGGUGAUGUUGAUUUUGAGAUGGAUGAGCGCGUUGAAGGCAUUGUGGAGCAGCUGCUGGGCACGUUGGUCGACAGCGACAUCCGCGUGCGUUGGGCUUCCGCCAAGUCAAUCGGGCGUAUUUCUGCCAAGCUGCCGAUGUGUUUCAACGACCAGAUAAUCGAGCACGUGCUGCAGAUAAUCCAGAACCAGUAUGACACCGUUCGCCAUUGCUUCACCAAGGGGGAGGCGCCCGUGCACGGCAGUUGCCUUGCCAUAGCGGAGAUCAUCCGCGGCGGUAUUUUGCAUCCGCACAUGCUUGACCGCGUGCUGGAUUGCGUGGUGCUGACGUUGGAUUUCGACGUGUGGCGGGGCAAGGGUUCUGCCGGCACCGCGGUUCGCGAUGCGUCCUGCUAUAUCUGCUGGGCGAUAGUGCGCAACUUUGCGAGCACGUUGAUCCAGCCGUCGCACCUGAUCCCGAUGAGCAAGUCGCUGGUCAACAUGGCUCUGUUCGACAUCUCCAUCAAUUGCCGUCGCGCUGCGUGCGCGGCACUGCAAGAACUGGUGGGUCGCGUGGGUAACGUCGCGCACGGUCUCGACCUUAUCGUUUUGGCGGACUACUAUACCGUCUCCAACCGCCGUAACGCCUUCGUCAACGUGUCGUUUGCGAUUUCCAAGCUGGGAUUCUACACGAUAUCGAUGAUCGACAACUUGAUGAAGACGAAGCUGCACCACCCCGACAUCACCACCCGCCGUUACGCGGCAACGGCUUUGGGCCGGAUAUCCCUGGCACUGAUCGACUCGCCCAACAGCCAACUGGCGACCCGCAACGGCCGUCCCGUGUACCUGGAAAUUGUGGAGCACUGUCUUGCGAACGUAUUCUCGACGACGUUGGGCGUGAUGCACGGUUCCCUAUGCGCUUUGACCGAGGUGCUGUUGGGCCUGCUUAACCACGGCGUGUUGAUAUCGGACCAAUUUUCGAGCAUAAAGCAGAUUCCAGUGCUGUUUGAGCGCAAGCGCCUGUUCCGCUUAAAGGGCGGCGUGCUUAUCCGCCAGUCGAUGUGCCGCCUGAUAAACUUCAUCUGCCGCAUCGUCCGCCUCAACGACUGCCUGUCGAUAGGCCCCAACGAGCUGGACGUCUACAUUGUGAUUGUGAAGGACUGCGUGCGUAGCUUCACGCUCGACGUGCAGAUAUCUGCCGCGGAAUGCCUGAGCGAGAUUUUCGAGAUGUUGUGCAUCAUGGAUUAUCCGAAGGCCACUUGCAUGAUGGAUUACCUGCUCCAUUCGCUUGCGAACCACAACGACAACAUAGCAGCUCGUCGUGGUUACGCCUUGGCGCUGGGAUCCGUUCCCGAACGCCUGUGCGAGGCCAACUGCGAGUCGUUGUUGGAGGCGUUGUGCCAGGAGGUGCUGACCAACAGCGGCAACAGCGCCAUAAAGGACGCUCAAACCCGGCAGCACGCGAUAAUUUCGCUGGUGCGCCUGCUUAAAUUGUGCGCCAAGGUCAAGCUCUCCGCGCCUAUAAUCGAGCGCAUCGUGUCGUCGCUGGAGUUUGGAUGCUGCGACUCUGAGGUUGACAGCCGCGGUGAUGUGGGUUCGUGGGUGCGUGAGGUCAGCAUCGAAGUUAUCGCAUAUAUUUUCUUCUUAAAGCAGUGCAAGGUGCUUCAGCAGGAGGAUCACGGUAUGUUACACAAACUCAGUGAUGCGCACGUUCAACGGUUGGUCAAAUGCUUGGUUGGCGUCUGCCUUGAACCCAUGGAUCACACCCGUGCUCGUGCGACCUUCUUGUUUGCGCAUAUCUUCGGCGCGACCUUCCACUUCAAGGUGGAGUGGGUAUGGCAGCGCGUGUUUUACGGCGCUCGUUACGAGUACGAGAUAGCGCGUCGCGGUACGUUCCCCGUGUCGUGCAUGGACACCGCUUCCGCUGUGGAGCACGUAUCCAAGUGCCUGUUUGCCGGCGAGCUGCGACCAACCCAGUCUGACCCGGGCUUGUAUCCUCGCGCUUCAGACCACAACAGCACCUCUCGCCACCCGCUUCCAGCAGUCCAGUCCUGCAGUGACAUCUGCACUGACUCGGAUUAUGCAGCUGGCAUGGAGUCGGAUUCCGCCAACAGCGAUAGCGCCAGCCACAUGUCGCAAGACGACAAUUUGGAGGGCGUUAACGUGUUUCGCACGGCCGCUGACUCUGCUAUCAAGCGUGCCAUCUUCCGCGGCUUCGGCACGUCCUACUCGUGCGACCACGACCGUUUCUUCGACGACUGCGCGUUCAUGAGUGGCCCGGAAGCUCCGGUGAUAUCCGCCAUUGCUCACAACAUAAACUGGCAGGUGGUACACACGUUCGACCUGCAGGAGCUGGUGCUGAGCUUGUCGUCGGAUAGCAUGGAGGGGUCAGACGCACCGCCCAAAGCACAGGGCAACAUUUCGCUGCGUCUACCUGGCUACGCCCUAUCACCCCUUUGCUUCGACCAGUUCAUGUGGAUGCUGUAUUUGCCCAGUUUUUCGUCCGUCGUGAUGCGGGCGCUGUUCCAGGUGCUGGGCGGCAUGGCCAUCCAGGAGACGUGGAACCGGCGCACGGUCUCCGACGUCAUCAUCGAGUUCAUCCGCGCCCAUCAGCGCCAGAUUGUGCGCGCGCCUCACGGCGACUGGGUGGAGUUGCACGAGCUGCUGCUGCGGUACGUGCUGGAGGUUUAUAGGGAGGGCAUCCGGGAUAAGAACUACAAGCUGUCCACUCGCGUGGUCUCAGCUGCUCGCACCUUCCUUCUCCACCGCCUGAUCGUGCCCACCACCGAGAUGGUCGACCUUUUGGCGAAAGAAGCUGGCACUGCCACCAACUACGGCUACCUGAAGAGCAUCUACAAGUGCCUGCACGCCGCGCACUCCACCAUCCGCGACCGUCGCGCCGCUCGCACUGCGCUGCGGGCGAUGCUGGGCUACAUUUGCCACAAGUACCCUACGCUGCGCACGUACGCGCGCUCCAGCCUGAUGGCGAUCCUGAGCAGCUACGACUGGGCGCCAAGCACGGACACGCUGGGUGCGGCCCUGGCGAUGCUGGACGAGUGCGUGGCCAACAAGGGCAACGAGGAGGCUCUGCUGCUGCAGCGCCUGCUGUCGCUGCUCAAGCUAUAA